UUUGCAUGGGUAAAUACGCUUCUUUUGAUGGACGAUAAAUUCGAUCUAGCAAACUGAGGAUGAUUAAGCUCCAGGCGAAAGGAUACGUCUUGUAUUGAGGAAGAUCAAUCUAGCGUUAUUGUUGUAACGUUUGUACAAAUCAAAUUAUACAGACAGCCUGACGUGCUUCCACCAUAAUACAGGAUAUAAUGAAAACUUAGAUGUAUUAUUAAAUGCACGCUGGCGAGGUCGAUCGAUAUUGUUAUUAAAUGAUGAAACAGAGCCUUUACUGUUUUUAGUUCGUAAAAGAUCAUCGCGGGUGAUAGUUAUUAUCAACAAUUGCCAAAGAAAAUCGGAGAACGAUAGAUUCUUUUUUGCUAAUUACAAGUGAUUUGUGUGAUUCGGUUGAUGUUAUUGAAUAACAGAUUUCCAUUACUUUUUCCAAAAUGGAGGAAACGUGUGUCAAGAAGGACUUAAAAGCGAAUGAAAAUGCUGUAACAGAUUCACUGGAAAAUGAAACCGCAGAAAAUAUUCUAAAGUGCAAAAUGAUAAAGACAGAGAAGCUUGAGGAACAAAAAAUUGCAGAUGACAAAGAAGAUGAAGCUACGAAAGUAGAUAAUGUAAUUGAUAAAUUUGAUAAACCAAAGACUAAAGAUAAGAAUACUUCAUGUAAAACAAAUGGUAAAAAACAGACAUAUGCAAAUAGAAAAGAAGCUGAAAUGACUGUAAAUGAAGUAGCGAACAAUGUCAUUAUAAAAGAGCAAGGUGAUGCUGGAAACAAAGCUAAAGAAUCAGUAAAAUGUAAUUCUGCUGAGACUCCAAAAAAUGGAGAUGAUGUAAUUGACAGUGGCCUAGAUAUUGAAGUUCAAGGUCAUAAUGAAAGUGUUGUAAAAGUGAAAGAAAAUGGUCAAGGUCAAUUGGAUGGUGGUUCCUUCACAAAUAUUACUCGUUCUUCUGAACAGAGGGACAAAAAAUGGUUGGAACUUCUGAAGACUCCAACAAAUCUGUCGAAAUCAAAGAAACAUAAUAACAGUGCUGCGGACAGUGAAUCGAGCGGCGAGACUACAGACCAUUUGGAUACCAGUAACCUGAUAUUGAACGGGCCAAAGAAAACAAUCUCCAGACGGUUCAGUGAUGUAAGCACAAGGUCAAGCUCUGGUGCUGGAUACUUGUGUGACAGUGAAAGCGGAGAUGAGAGGGCAUCAGAUGCAAGUUUGGAUAUCUUCAAGCCAGUCAAUAACAGUAUUACAUGUGAGAGAAACAUAGCUUCCCCUCUGCCACCAGUAUCGACUCAUAGUGCAACAAUCACCACGGCAACGCAUACAACAACAGGAAGUGAUGUUACUGCAACCAUUGUCACCACGACAACUAGCUGUAUAUCUCUAGUUACAAGCAGUCUAACGACGACAAGUGCCAAUGUAACUACUGCACACCAUAUCGUGAAUACGACUAGUAGCAGUCAGCACCUGCAUCAUCAUAAUCAUCAUCAGCAAAAUGUUCAUCAGUCUUGUCACAAAGUGACGUCAGUAGAGAAUAAAUUUACGACAGUGCAAAAUAAAUAUUCGUCUGUAGACAAUAAAUACUCAACACAAUCAAAUCAACAAAAAAUUCAUAACAAUAACAAUAAUAUUACUAAGGAUCAUACAAGUCAUACAAACAAUUUCCAAUCCGUGAUAAAACGUCGGCAAUUAUCGCCACCACCGCUUACAAAAUCGUCCCGACUGCCAUCGCCACCACGUCAUAAACCAGUAUCCCACCAGUUGUUACCAGCAUCGACAACGUCAACAUCAGUACCAUCAGUAAUAAGCAACCCUGUGAUUAACCGCGAGUCCAGUAGACCUACACCACCGUCAAGGUCAAAGACGCCCCGUCGUGAGGAUUCACGUGAAAGAGAGGCUUACCAACAAUUACCUCCGAGUCUCGCUGUCUCAAAGUCUUUCUUCUCGCCAGGAUAUCCUGGACAUGGGCCAUCUACAGGCAGUUUAUACAGUCCGUUAGGGCCAAGCCCCGGACUUCACCCAAUACAUUCCACACCUAGUCAUACUCCAACAUUCCCAGGAUCCAGUGCGAUCCCCUCAUUGCACCAACAUCCUUCCACCCCUCAGCCGCAUCCUAACAUGUUUGCUCCACCGUUGCCCCUAGGGCUCCCAGGAGGACCGAUACCAGGAUCUCUAAGUGCCGCACCAUCUUCACAUAUACCUGCAGAAUCACCACUGUCAAUAUCAAAUCCAGAUUUGCUACGGGAAGAAUUGAAUCGUAGAUUUUUAGCAUCACAGGAUCGGUCAUCUUUACUGGGAUCCAUUCCGCCAUUAAUGCGUGCUGACAUUCAUCAACAUAUGCACCAACAUCAGCACCAACACAUGCAUCAGCAUCAACAUACGUAUGGAGGAAUGCCGCCGCCACCAAUUUCUGCACCUUCAAUAGUUCCAACGCCAACGCCUAGUCCGUUUGAUAAAGUUCCAAACAAUCCAUUCUUCAGACAGGGUUUGACACCGAGACCAGGAAUUGCCGAGCCAGCCCCACGACUGCUCUCGGCAAGUAAAGAUAAACCCAUCAUGCCCCAGCACCCACGUAGUUCAGCGAUCCCAGGCUUGCCGGGCUAUCCUUCGCCGUUACCCGAUGCUCUGCAUUCAGGAAUUCCGGGAGCUUUCCAACCAAAAGGGAUAGCUACGCUUCAUCCAGCUGUAGGACCACUGUUCAUAGGUCCUGGACGCGAGUUGGAAAAGUCACCAGCUCACAUUCCAUCAGCACCCCAGCAAAACUUACCAACUACUGCAAAGAAGCCUGGUAAAUGGUGUGCUGUCCAUGUUCGUAUUGCCUGGGAGAUCUAUCAUCAUCAGCAGAAACAGAACUCAGAUAAAGGCUCGGACUCGAAACCCUCGGACCCACUGAGGCCACCUAGUCACCUGAUUCAGGGCCCAACAUUGGCACGACCAACAGACUUGCCAAACAGCGCUAGCUCUUCAUUAAUGGGUUCAGGAAGAGGCCUGUUUGAUUCCAACCCUCACAGUCUGUUAAAUUCAGCCAGUCAUCUAGCUUCAUCAUUCCCACGGCCUUCACCAUAUUCCAUAGGCAGUAGUUUACCUUUAGGUAUAGGUAAUGGAUUGCCGUCGACUAGUCGUGAGGGGCCCCAUAGUGUUCCUUCAGGAUCUCAGGAUUGGGGACGGAUACAUCGCCCCUCUUCUUCGUCCACGUUCUCAAGUCCGUGGACAAAAACAGAGGAUAGAGAGAAAGAAGAAAGAGAACAUAGUCUAGACAGAAGGAGGGAAGAAGAUAGAGAGAGGGAAAGAAGACUAUUGGAACAAGAUCGGCACAGAUUUAACUCCCUUGAUGAGAGGAGUCGAGACCGUGAUCGCUUCAGAGAAAGUGAAAUGUUAGCGAAGUCUAGGUCACGGUCAAGGUCACCAAUGCGAAAUGGACGUGCUGACUCUGUGAAGUCUGAAAGAAGUUUUGAGAGGAGAUCAGAGGACUCAAAUAUAAUGAAAGUAAAAGAAGAAAGACGAGAAAGUCUUACUCGUGAAGAUGAUCUCAUGGCGGCUGCUGCGGCAGAACGAGAACGGUUGUUGAAAAAUGAAUAUCUUGCAAAUAGCAUACGAACUGGCGAUGCAUUUUUGCAAGGAAGUGUAAUGGAUAGGGCACGGAUGUUAAAUCCAGCUUUGGCGUAUUCAGUGACUGAUAGGGUACCGCCACAUCCAUCGUUAUGGAACCCUUUUGAUAAAGGACCAGUGGAUUUUCAAAAUAUCAGACAAAAUUUACAAAGAGAAAUGGAGCAGGCUCGGGAACAAUUAUUACUGAAUAGAUUUCCAGGACCUGGGUUGCAGCCAGGUUUUCCUGGUCUGUCGCCAUUUGAACAAGAACGUUUACGUGAUGAAAUGAUUCUUAGGGAGACACAGAAAAGGGAAAGAGAUUAUCUUGAAAGACUGCCAGCGUUUACACGAGAACGCAUGUUUUAUGAAAACAGUAAAAUUCAAGGAAUACGUCCCCAAGACCAUUUACAUCCUUCAUUGAGUAACAGUUUUUCAAGAAGUAGUCCAGCAUUACAUAACCAUAUAAAACGUAGUUCUCCGGCAAUGUUACCAGGAGCGCCCCCACCAUUAAUUCAUUCAGUAAGUACACACGGUUCAAGGGGACAUAACUCUCCAGCUGUGAAUAAAACUAAAGGGGUCAGCCCCACAGACUCGGUAGGGGAGAGUAAAAGGGAUAGUAAUUCCAAUUCUACAGACCCAGAUGCUCAUUCGCGGUAGUCAUGGUGAUGAGUGAAAAAUGUGUGAGGUGAUCAAGGUCAUACAUUAGACUGUCCUUGAAAUGUUGACCUUGACCUCAACCUUAAAUGUGUGAUAUAUUGGAUCUUUUUACAUGAGAAAUUUUUACAUGUGUAUCAGCUUGUAAAAAUACGUUUAUGGAAAAAUCAGGGUGAAUUACUGUGUGAAAAAUAAUUUAUAUUUCAAUAAAUGAAAUAGCAGAAAGUCUAUUUCAGCUUAGUGCUUACAAAAUAAAUAUUUACAACUUUUCAGACUUCACUGUCUCAAAAAAGAGUUUAAAAAAGAUAGAAAUUCUUGAGAGAAAACUAAUUAUAUGGAUAUAUCAUUAUAGUGUGUUCUUUUUCCAUUUUAUUGUUAUAACUUGGUGAUUGUGGUUUGAGUGUAAAUAUGUAGAACAGCUGGAGAACGUUGUAACGUUAUCCCUAGAUAUAUUCACAAAUACAGAAUUUUGUGAUUCAUUUGAAAAUAACAAGCUGUGAUUUAAAAUGACAAUAUUAGAUGAAUUGAUGUUGGAUAAAGUCUUCAGGGUUUUGGAAGAACAUGUAUUACUGCCAAUACGCUGGUACUGUCUUUGUAAUUUCUGAACAUUUAUUGUCUGUGAUUAUAAUUUGUAGGCUUGACAUUAUAUAAUGUACCAUAUAUUCCCUUAUUAACACCUCCGGGGGAAGGGGGGUUACAUUUUGCAAAGUGGGGAUAGGUGGUGGGUGGGGGGCAUUUAUUCAGGCCGUGAAAAUGGGGUAUUUUUUACAUUUUCUAAAUAAAACUUAAGUAAAAGGGUGGGAGGGGAGAACAACAUGUCUGAAUACCAGAAAUGCUUAAGACUUAUUUCUUAUAACAAUCGGUUUCGGUAUUUAGAAUACCUUCAUCAGGUUAUUUUUUAGAUAAAUAUAACUAUAAAUACAACAAAUGAGCCGUGCCAUGGGAAAACCAAUAUAGUGGGUUUGCGACCAGCAUGGAUCCAGACCAGCCUGCGCAUCCGCGCAGUCUGGUCGGAAUCCAUGCUGUUCGCUAACGGUUUCUCUAAUUGCAGUAGGCUUUAAAAGCGAACAGCAUGGAUCCUGACCAGACUGUGCGGAUGCGCAGGCUGGUCUGGAUCCAUGCUGGUCGCAAACCCACUAUGUUGGUUUUCUCAUGGCACGGCUCAAAUGAUGAAGGAAUUUAAACAACUAUAGCACUAACAUAUUGCUGGUAUUCACUUACGUCAAAAAAAUAUUUGGAAAUUAGGAGGAGAGAGGGUGGUGUUAUAAGUGAAUAUGUGGUAGAUAAUUUAACCAUUUUAUUUAAAUGAAAUUAAAUAAAAAAGUAAAACAUAUUCUGAAGGGUUUUAAGGAUUGGCAUUAACUAUAUUCUUACUGAUGUUUUUUUUUUUUUUUUUUUUUUUUUUUUUUUCGUGAAUUUUUAUUAUCACUAAGAUAUGUCUGGUAAUUUAACAAAGAAAAAUAUAAAAAAUAGGUAGAAGUUGGUAAAAAAAACUUCUAAAAACAUAUCUAAAGAGGUAACAUUUAGUUAAAACCAUAGAAAAAACAUGAAAAAAUUAAACAAAAUUUGUUUUACAUAAAUUUUCAUUCAUGAACACUACAUUUCUACUUUUGGCUAAGUCACUUUUGAAAGUGCAUAUUAUGCUUACUGGAAAAAACUUGUGAAAUAAUUGCAUAUUGUGCUUACUGGAAGAAAUAUAUUUUGGUCUUUUAUUAAACAGACAAAUAUCCUCUACAUGUUUGGAAAUCUCGGAUAGAAGUCUACUUUUUUCAACACAGUUUUACUUUUUCAACACAGUUUUACAUUUUCAACACAGUUUUACCAGAUGACAAAAAAAUUUUAUCACUAGUUUUCCCAAUAUGAAUUAUUUGUGUCGUUGACUCGGAGCAUGUAUUUUAUGUGGUGUAAUUUUCGACGGUAUAACACUAGUGUUCUUCAGCACUGAACUUUGACUGUUGGUCAUGUGACCUGGUUGGGUCACCUGACUGGAGGAGGGGCUUGUAUAAGGAAUGUAACUCCGUUGUCUUGUCUCCGUUCAGAGACGGCCUCUGCUGUCAAGCCUGCUUUUGUCACUGUUCAUUGCUUUGAAAGAGUGAUAAUAUAGAAAAAUUACACAAGGUAAUUGCUUUUUCCAAGUCAAAGAAACAAAUACAUUAUGAAUGAUCAAGGGCAUGGAAACGAUGUAGUAUUUGCAGUUUUCACUUCUCUUGUUAAAUGUCCGAUAUUCAGUUUAUAUCAAAUCUGUUGUGUCAGUGAAGAUCCCAUUUUGAAAAAAAAAAAUCUUUGUUUAUAGCAAUAUUUCAUAUCGAUGUUGAUGCUUUUGAAUUUAUUUUUUCAUGUUUUUGUAUACCGUUCCAAAUAUACUUGAAAAUAAGAUAAUAAGCUGUAAAAUUUGAUUUAGUUUUUUGUGUCCUAUUUAUCAAUUUGUUAAAAAUAUAAUUAUGACCGUUAAGCAUGAAAUUAAAUUUUUAGAAGUGCUUUUUACAUAGUGCUAUAUAGAGAAUAAUAUAAGAAAUAGUUUUAGACAGGGUGUUUUCUUUCAUGAAAUGAACAUUUGUUAAACUAAGACAAAUGUAAUUCUUAAUAUAUGAAAUAUAUUGCCAUGUCCACAAUUAAUAUAUAUAAUACUGUUAUGUGGAAUGGUCUAUGAACAUGCGUAGCAAAUUUCCAGAUUUCGGUAUUUAGCUUGAUUGGGGUGAUUUAGCUUCAUUGGUGUAUUUUACCUUGAUUGGGGUGAUUUAGCUUGAAUGGGGAGUAAUUUAGUGCGAUUGGAAUCGUUUAGCUGGUUUACACCAAAUGUUUUGUUCAAGGGAGACAACUUCUGAAGCUAUACAAAUUUUGAAUCAUAAAUUGUCCCCCAGUUCUUUUCAAAACCUACAAAUAGCCAGGACAGAAUUUUGCUCAGAUAGUUCAAGUGAAGAAAAAGGAAAUUAAGAAAAUAUUUAAAAAAAAAAAAAUGGAAAUUAAGAAAAUAUUUUAAAAAUUUAGAAAAGAUUAACAUCUGUGCAGUCUGAUGAAGAUCUGCACUGUUCGCGGUUCAGUCAGUAACUUUUUAAUAAACACCCCUUUUAAUAUUUAAUGGUACUAUCCAUAUUGAAAGAUUGACAAGUUCAUUAUAGAAAUUUAGCAGGGUAAGGGCUAUGGUCAAGUAUUUGUACAUUCAUAGAAUUAUUCUUGUUUUACCCCAGUAGGGCUGAUGACUAAUCAAGCAAAAUAACCUGGAUCUGGAAUGGUUCCUUGUUUGUAGUAAUAUUUACAUUAUUUAUUUCUAUAUAGGUUCUAUUUUUGUUAUGCAAAUUAUAUACUGAAAAUGAAAUUGUGUUUAUGACAUGAAAUUGUGUUCAGAACCCAGAUCAACUUUUAGUGAACAUUGAAUUACAUAAUAUAUUGUUUUCUUUACAAGUCAAACUUUUAACUAGACUGGUUACCAGUCCUAGAAAGUGUUAAUGAAUUUUUACUUUCAGACAUAUUUUUUUCUUAGAAUUUCCUGUAUUUAUUUUAAAAGGAGAAAUAUCUAGUAUGGGUAUAGUAGUAAAUAUAUAAAACUUUGAUUUCUGUUUACAUAUAGGUAAAAAUGUGGCUUAAAGUUACUUAUAUUACCGGUAAAGCAUGUAAGCAUUUUUUAUCACUGUUCUGUUCCUUUGUCUUUGUGUUCAAGUAGUAAACUAGAUCCCAAGGUUGUAAAAAUUGAGUUUGGAGACCAGUCUCAAACUCCAGCAUCUGACUGACUGUUUCUCUGCUUAAAUUUGAAAUUGACCAAUGGCAGAGAUGCAUUCCUAGACUGGUCCCCGAAGUCAAAAUUUAUAGAAUUGGAACCUGAUAUUAUUUGUUCAAGAUGCAUGUUAAUAAUAAAAGUAUUUUUCUGAAUGCAUUAUAGAAACACUUCGAGCUUGCAUAAAAACACAACUUUUGAGAUUGCAUGAAAACAAGAAAUUUGACCUUGUAUAAAAAAAGAGAAGUUUGAGCUGGCAUAAAAAAGAGCAUUAUAAACAGGUGCAUAGGAAUCAAUGUCAUAAUGUUUUGUGUAGAAAGCCAGUCCUUUCCCAAGUUUUGUUCAGACAUAAAAAGAAUAAUUGUUUGUUUCCAAUUACAUAACAAAAAAUAGACAGUAGGUAAAUUGGCAAGUCUUCUCUAUAUGCAUGUAGACCUUGUAUGUCUUAAGAAAUUUUUACUAAGUAAAAUAACCCUAAAAUAAGUUGUUUAAAAUCAACUUACCUGUUCUGGUAACCUUUACAAUAAAAACAAGUUUUGCGUUAUACAUAUUAAAAUGGUUGCUGCCAUCCGAGCAUACUGCCGUUUUCUUCAUUGGUCUUGUUUAUAAUUUCAUAACUUUUAGCAUAAUUGCCCCGUCAUAAAUGAAACAUUAUUUGUUCAUAUAUAUAUAUAUAUAUGUAUCAUUUGUGCAUGUUGUUUCAAAAUUCAUAUCUCCUACAUUUUAAUUUUGAAAUGAAUGCAAUUUUUUUUGAUGAUAUGUUGAUGUUAUGGUUAAAGUUAUUAUAAAUGCUAUUAUGUGUAAAUUUUCACUCACUAUGAAAUAGUGUAAUAAUUUUUGUCUAUAUAUAGACUAUUUAUAAAUAGUGAGACUUCAUUGUUUUUUUUUCUUUUAAAUAUGUGAACUGCACUCACUCAAAUUAUGAAUAAAUGACAAAAAUAU